AUGUUCAGUGACAGUUUACAGCUAGACGCCCGUGGCAAUGGACAUCAUUUGCAAAUGCAGAUCAAAAGUGACAACCCCCAAACCACUUACAGCCAUCAGACCACGUACGUAAACGUGCCUGAAACAGGGGCUAGGGACAAAUAUGAAAUCACGACUCCUAACUGGUCCCUUCCAGUAAACCCCACCGGCAAUACG